GUUGUUGUUGAAGGAGAUUAGAUCGAAACAUGGGAGUUGCGUUAGUGUUUUAUUUGUAUCUUGGUAAAGUUCAUUUGAAUAACUGACACUUUCAAUUUCCCAUCGGGUUCUCGGCUUUGGAUUGCUGUUCGCGAAGCUCCUUUCUUGGAUCUUAAAGUAAUAUCUAUUGCAAGCAGUUAUGUCUUCUUUAUGUUUUGUUAUCUAUCACUGAUUUGCCCGAGCUUUCUCAUAAAUUUGCCCAAUUGAAUAUCUCGGAAGAUAUCACAUGAAGUUUGUUUAAGUGCACAUGUGACUUGGGAGUCAGUAAGUUGAUUGUGUUCUCUCUUUUAUAGACCGUUUGGUUCCAUUAAUUUGCAUAUUGUUUCACUUAUUGCUUGUAUUUAUAUGCUUAAGAAGUUUUACUCUUGCAAUGUAGCUUGUUUGAUUCCACCUUUCGGGUCUUCCUUGUGCGUGCUUUCUUAGAUCUCAAAAUAACCCCAAAAGGCUAACUUUUUAAAACAUGGGUUUCAAAUGAUGUUUAUUUUAUCGGUUUUGCUAACCUCCGCCCCGCCCACUAGGCAGAGGAUAAUAUGCACAUAAUUCCUUACAAGUUCGGAUAACAAUGCAUAUUUCACAGAUAUUAAUACACUUUCACAAAUAUCAAUGCACAUUUUACUUAUAAUCCUACACCCUUUGGGCAGAGGUUAGAAACUUAGAAUAAUCCUUCAUCAUAUUCUGUUUCUCUUCUGGUUACUAUAUGUCUACCUGUGUAUUAAUGUUUUCCUAUCUAUAGUCAGAAGGGGCAGUGCAGUUUGUCCAAUGUAUCAGAACUGAUGUUGGUUGCUGGCGCUGGUUGAGCAUUAUUGAUCCUGCUUUAUUGACACGAAAAAGGCAUAGUAACAAAAGUAGGCCGUAGAAAAUGGAGCUAAGAAGCUGCACUCAGUUGCAUUUUAUCCAAGCUAUUAGGGCUGGUUUGGUCGAAAAAAUCCUUAAUGUAAAUACUUGUGGAAGACCAGCUCUUAGGUUAAAGAAGUUGGAGGAUAUAUAUGAGAGUGAAGAUGCCAAAAAACGUGACAGUCUGUCAACAGUUAAACCAGAAGAUAGCUUUGCACAUAUGGUUUUUGAUAGUAACCUGGUCAAAACUGAAAGCCCAGAUCCGCCUGUAAUGGAAAGGGACACAGAGAAAAGAGGAAGUAACAUGGACACAUCUUAUUGCAAUUCUGAUGAUGACGAAGAAGGCAGUGAUGAUGGUCAGACAUUGAAACAGCUCAAGGAGCAGUGCAAAAUGAAGAAAAGAAAAGCUUUACAUUCUUUGUGUUCGUCUCCAAAAGAAGAUUAUACUGAUUUGCACCCAGAGGAAGAUGAAUGUGAUCUUGAAGAACCUAUCAGCAGCUGGAAAUCAAAGAUUUCAAAGAAUCAAAGGGGUAAAAAGAAGAGUGCAAAAAAGAGUUCUUCUUCAUCUCCUCAAACUGAGGUUUCAGUGAAAUCGGAUGAAAUUUCUACUGCUGACGAUUCCAUGCAACAUAGUCCUUGUUUACCUGUCCAUCUUAGUGUUAAAGUCGAGGAUCCACAAACAGAAUACACAGAAUGCAGUGAUAUCACAAGUAGUUCUGAUGAUACAUCUCAUUUAUGUGCUGAACAAGAAAUCUGCGAUGUUAAUCCUGACUUGGAGUCAGCGGCAAAAGUAUCCUUCACCGAAGAAGAAUCUGAUAGUUGCACCGUUAAUGAAGUUUGUUUUGAUCAUUUGGAGCAUGUUGAACCUAACUAUCUUCAUCCUCCAAUUGGUGAAGAGACUAUGGAUGCAGAAAACCUAAGAAAGCCUUGUCAGAGGUCGCUGGUUUUUCCUACAUCAGAAGACAAGGAAGAAGGACACAUUGUGCAUCCACUUCUUGAAGAAAGCUCUCUGGAAACAAACUUUCUUGUGAAUGAUCAUGGUUCAGAUACGUCUAAUUACGUCCAAAGUAAUUCCUCCGUGCAUGAGAUAUCAAGGCAAACAAGUCAUGCCUGUGGAAUCCAAGUGCCAGAUAUGGCAAUGGAUAGCAACCUUUGUUGUAUGAAACCUGAAAGUGCAUGUGACCCUUGCAACUUAGAGGAUGGUAUUAAUGAAAGCUUGCCUUCUAAUCUGGAAAUGGAUUCUCUAAGUAGCUCGUUUGGCAAUCAUUGCACAUCUUGGAGUUCUAUUCAUUGUUCGAGUCCUGAAAUUGUUUUGCUUUCUGCGGAUGAUGAUGUAGUUGCAACUGACAAGCCGCCAUUAAUAUCUGUCAGCGGUGAUGCAGCAAGAGACUGUUUGAGUCCUCAUAAAAGUCCAGUUGAUUUUGAGGUUGAUUCACCUACGAGGGAAGAGAAGCAGCCUCUAAGAUCUGCCCCUGUUGAUUUAGAAAGCAACUCCCCUGAAAAAGACCAUCAGUGCGAUGAUGCAUAUAAGUCCUUGCCAGUGAUCAAUAUCAAUUAUCCUUUGGAGCAGUGUCAUCCUCCUGAGAGGCUCCUUUCUACAAGAAAGGCCAUUUCUCCAACUUCUCAGGAAAAGCUAUGUAAAGCUAUGAAAGGUGUGGAGUUGGAUGGACGGAUAGACCAUUACAAAUGCAAGGAUAAACUCCAGUUCACGGAAGACACUCAGGAUGACCCUACUUCUGCGGGACCAGACACAGUCGUGGAAGUAGACGCAAAACUAGUUGGGCUGGGUGAGGUCACUAGAACCUUUGAUGCCAUUAGCACCAGGCAGCUGACUAAGAAACCAAGGAAUGAUAGAAAAGGUUCUCCACCUAAGGGCUUUUGUAGGAAUCCCCACCUUUCUCGUUCCCUUCCUCAUGCUAGCACUGCGGCAACAUCCAUCCAAAGUUGUUCAGAGAGGGCCAUUGCAUUCUCACAGCGGCAGAUGCACGAUAUUGAAGGUCUUGCGACGAUGCUUACUCAGGAGUUGAAGUUUAUGAAGGCCAUCGUAGAAGAAAAAGCUCAUUCUGAAGCAUCUCCCACUGCAUCUUCAAAAUAUGAUGCGGAUGAGCUUCUACAGGUGAAAACAGCCAUCAACAGGGCAACAAAAGCUGAAGAAACAACUAAAAAGUGGUUAUCCAUGAUGACGAGAGAUUGCAACCGUUUUUGUAAACUCAUGAAGUUGAAUGAGAAGGGUGAGAUUGCUUCAGGGAAUGCAAUCCACAAGGAGAGAAAGAAAAUCACUUUCGCUGAUGAAGCUGGUGGAGUGCUCUGUCAUGUCAAGUUCAUUGAGGAUAGCAUAGAUUCUCUCGACUCCAAAAGUUAAAGCCGGAAACACAACCUGUAUAAUGCUUUAGCGGUUGCUUCCCUUACAUUGGCAUUCUUAGUGAUUAGAAGCUGUUUCGAUGCUGAAAUGUUGCACCCGCCUUAGACACUUGGGGAGGCUCUUUCGCAUCAGAUCAUUCAGUAGUCUAUGAGGCUGACAUACUAAUCGGAUGUACUUUGCUAUCAUGGUCCCUGUGGAAUUUUUAGGUUACUGUCUAUUGAUUCCGCUUGUUGUUGUAUUCAUGUGAAACCACAAAAAAAAUUGUGAAACUAAAUGACUUGGUUUCACGCAGAUAGUUUUUUGUUUCUUGUGGCUUUGUACAACUCUCAUUUCCACGGGUUGAAUCAGCAGUGCCAAAAGAAAUCUUUAGCCCGUCAUUUGAGAUUCGCGUAUCUGGGUUAAUUUCAUUGAACUUUUUUUUUUUUUUGAACAAUGAUUUUGUAGAACGUUAUGCACUUUUUUUUUUUGGAACUGAGAACUUAAUGCACUUGAGUUGCUGAUGCUUUGAUC